UCUCUUUUUAUUUUUUUUCAUUCAUUACCGUUACAUUCCAUUUUCCGAUCAUAACCGUCUUAAUGCUUUCGAAAUCGAUUUAACAGUCGCUCAAAAACUAGAUAUCUCGAUCACACAUUGAUCACAUCAUCAGCAUGAAACGCGAAUUGAAUAUCAGUGAUAACAGCAAUGACGAUGAUUAUCAAACUAGUAACGGCCGUCGAGCUCUCCGCUCGAAGUACCUCGCCGUCAAGAACAUGAUUCACGGUGAUGAAAUGGAGAAUAUUGCGAAGACUGACUCUGAAGUAUUUGGUUCGAUCUUCAAUGAAAUUGAGAACUUACACCAGUCAGUCACAACAACAAGAGAACAAGUAGCUGAUGCACAUGCUCUUUUGGACAUAACCAAAUCCUUGGUAGUAUCUGCAAAAGGUCAUUCUAGAGAUGGACUCACUCCUUCAGCCUUUGUCACCAGCCUUAUUGAAAAAUUUGGAAAACGAGGUGGAACAAGUGCUAGUAGAAAAGAUUGCAACUCAUUAGCUUGGAAGGACAUUGGAGUUGCAGUUUCAAGUGUUUUUGGAGGGGGAUAUGGGUGUUAUACAAUGAUCGGCCCAAUGGAUACAAAAUUAAAACAGAAGACGGUUAAUAGAAAAAAGCGUUUGAAGCCUACCGAAUUGGCACGGCCAGAAGAGCUUGAUGAAGGUUCAAGAAAACAGAGAAAUGAAACUGAUAAAACUAUGUUAACUAUGUUUAACAUCUUAAGGAAGAAUAGAUCUGUCAAGCUUGAAAAUUUGGUUUUGAAUAAGAACUCUUUUGCGCAAACGGUAGAGAACUUAUUUGCUCUAUCUUUUUUAGUCAAAGAUGGGCGAGCUGAAAUCAAAGUGGACAAGGCUGGACGACAUCUAGUUUCGCCAAGGAAUGCUCCCGCCGCAAAAUCAGUAAUUUCUAAGGAUGUUGCUUUGAGCCACUUUGUGUUCCGACUUGACUAUAUUGAUUGGAAGUUGAUGGUUCGCUCUGUUGUUGGGGAGGAGUUGAUGCCGCAUAGGAAUAUUCAAACACAAACUUAGAGUGGAUCAGUACCUGCAGUGCAGUAGUUUGAAGACUCAAAUUUAUGGUUUUAUUAUAAUGUACAAAUUUAUGAUGUACAGAAUAUAGACAUUCUGCACGAGUUUAUGGUUUACAAAUUUUGUUUUGCCCAUCAUAUGUCUAGAUUACAAACUCAUUUCAAUAUUGAUGAUGGUGCUUUCAUUUUGAUAUCGUGUGUGCUGCGAUUCAAUAGCAAGUUGGUUCUGUUUUCAAUUUAAACAUAUCAAAUAUGAAA